CUGUGUCGUCGCACGAGGUGGGCGUGGCUGUCGUCUGGCGCCCCGUCAGUCGCUGGAUGCUUCCGGUGUCGGGCUGGAACUGGCUCUCUUGUUGACACUUUAUUGUUCCCACUUGGUGAACAGAAAAAUGCUGCGGGCCUGACCCCGGGGAGGUUACUUAUCAGAGCCAGCAGCGAGCGGGGACAAUGUCCUCGGGCCGGCAGUCACAGCAACUUCCCGGACCGGGAGGUGGGACAGGCCCAUCCUCGUCUUCUUCAUCCUCCUCCGCUCCGUCUAGUUCCUCUUCUUCGACGGGGCCCCUGAGGCCGGUGGCUUCCAGUAUGUCCAGGCUCGGAGUGACGGGCAACGGCUCGGCGCUGACUGUAAGGACCGUGAGUUCGGGGCCAAGAAAGAGGCCUCUCCCUACCCCACUCUGCAACGGACUCAUCAACUCCUAUGAGGACAAAAGCAACGACUUUGUGUGCCCAAUAUGUUUUGAUAUGAUUGAGGAAGCCUAUAUGACGAAGUGUGGACACAGCUUUUGCUACAAAUGCAUCCAUCAAAGUCUGGAGGACAAUAACCGCUGCCCAAAGUGUAAUUACGUGGUGGAUAACAUUGACCAUCUCUACCCAAAUUUCCUAGUAAAUGAACUUAUUCUAAAACAGAAGCAGAGAUUUGAUGACAAGCGGCUGAAGCUGGACCCAUCGAAUGGUCACCGAUGGCAGAUCUUCCAAGACCUUCUGGUAACUGAUCAAGAUAAUCUGGAUCUAGCCAAUGUUAACCUGAUGCUUCAGCUCUUGGUACAGAAGAAGAGGCAACUUGAAGCAGAAUCGCAUGCCGCUCAAGUUCAGAUCCUAAUGGAAUUCCUGAAAGUAGCGCGACGAAAUAAGAGAGAGCAAUUGGAGCAGAUCCAGAAGGAGCUGAGUGUGGUGGAGGAAGACAUAAAGCGUGUAGAGGAGAUGAGCGGCUUGUAUUCCCCCCGCAGUGAAGACAGCACUGUGCCACAGUUUGAAGCCCCUUCCCCAUCACACAGUAGCAUAAUCGACUCCACAGAAUACAGUCAACCCCCUGGAUUCAGUGGAACUUCCCAAACAAAAAAGCAGCCGUGGUAUAACAGUACGCUGGCAUCGCGUCGGAAACGCCUCACAGCACAUUUUGAGGACUUGGAGCAGUGCUACUUUUCUACCAGAAUGGCUCGUGCGUCAGACGACAGUCGGACAGUGAGUCAGUUGGAUGAGUUUCAAGAGUGUUUAUCCAAAUUUACCCGAUAUAAUUCUGUGCGUCCUCUCGCUACCCUCUCCUACGCCAGCGAUCUUUAUAAUGGCUCCAGCAUUGUAUCCAGCAUAGAGUUUGACAGAGACUGUGACUACUUUGCCAUUGCCGGUGUGACCAAGAAGAUCAAAGUAUACGAGUAUGGCACUGUUAUCCAAGACGCUGUGGAUAUCCAUUACCCAGAGAACGAGAUGACCUGCAAUUCUAAAAUCAGCUGUAUAAGCUGGAGCAGUUACCACAAAAACCUACUGGCCAGCAGCGAUUACGAAGGGACUGUGAUUCUCUGGGACGGUUUUACAGGGCAGAGAUCCAAAGUAUACCAGGAACAUGAAAAGAGAUGUUGGAGUGUGGAUUUUAACCUCAUGGACCCCAAACUUCUGGCGUCCGGCUCUGAUGAUGCCAAAGUAAAACUAUGGUCUACCAACCUGGAUAAUUCUGUUGCUAGUAUUGAAGCCAAAGCCAAUGUAUGCUGUGUGAAAUUUAGUCCCACUUCCCGUUACCACCUGGCAUUUGGCUGUGCAGAUCACUGUGUCCACUAUUACGACCUCCGGAACACUAAACAGCCAAUCAUGGUGUUUAAAGGACAUCGCAAAGCCGUCUCUUACGCCAAAUUUGUCAACGGGGAGGAGAUUGUCUCCGCGUCAACAGACAGUCAGCUGAAGUUGUGGAACGUCACCAGACCACAUUGCCUACGCUCCUUCAAGGGUCACAUUAAUGAGAAGAAUUUUGUUGGUUUGGCGUCUAAUGGAGAUUAUAUUGCCUGUGGAAGCGAGAACAACUCCCUCUACCUGUACUAUAAGGGUCUCUCAAAAACCCUUCUGACUUUCAAGUUUGACACUGUUAAGAGUGUAUUGGACAAAGAUCGCAAAGAAGACGACACCAAUGAGUUUGUGAGCGCUGUGUGUUGGAGGGCUCUUCCUGAUGGGGAGUCCAAUGUUCUUAUUGCUGCUAACAGCCAGGGCACAAUCAAGGUACUGGAGCUGGUAUGAAACAUAGACAUCUGGUUCACAAGUGAAGAGGUCUUCAAGUUCUCUUGUUCUAAGGCAGGAUCUCCACCUGCAGAAAACUCUAAAACUCUCUUCCUGAUGGAGACUCUCAAAGCAUUACGUCACAUGUCACUUCUGGACUCUCGUGAGACAUUUCGAUGGGCAGGACAAGAGUGGGAAUGCACAUAAAUGGACUCAACAGUUUAUGCCGCCAUCCCCGGGCACUCAAGAAUUCUCCCGCCCUCAUAACUGUGUACUUUUUCUCUUCUGGUGCUGCUUUAUACCUUAGUAAUUGGGGGGCCUGUAUCCUGUUGCUUUGUUCGGUUCCUACCAACACUGAGGACAUAACCUGAAAGGUAGAGAAAGGCUUCAUUUUUAUCAUAGGGGAAGCUAUUAAAAACAUCACACAAAAAAAGUCCCAAAAACCUAAAAAUAAAGAUUUAAAUAUUUCUAAGGACAAAUUGCUGUCUGAUUAUACUGUCAUUUUUAUUUCUGUAUAUUAAAACCUAAGCUUCCCCUCUGCGGUACAUGUAAAGAUGGGGCUACAGACAGCAUCACGUUCUACAGCUGCACAGUUUACAGACAACUACUUCACUAGACACCGACGAGCAAGCUGUAUGUAUCUCUGACCUAACUUCCGAUUGACAGCCUGUAUUAUAGCCAAAAGUGGUAUACAGAAUGUUACUGGUAGCUGCUAAAACGUGUCCAUGCUCUGUCAACAGACACACCGCUAUAAUGCUCAAAUAUGUGAACUGAAAGUCAUCAAAUGGGUUUUCCAGAGUUAAAAACAAAUCCAUCAUUAACAUCAGCCGUGGUCUUAGAGCGCGCCAUUUGUUAUUUUUGGCUUUCAUAAGGUAUGGCACAAAAUAGUCAUAAGAAAAGAUGCUCUGGUAUUGUUAUUCCAUGGGGAAUACAAGUAGUUACUAAGACAGACAUGUCACGAGAGGGGACAGGUCCUCUAUAAGCAGUAAGUGAGUAUUCGAUUGUUGACGUUGAUGCUCAGAGUAACUUUGAAAAGAACCACAAGACUGGGCUAGACAACUGGGCAUAGCAUUUCCAAAGCAGCAGGUCUUGUAGAGGUGUUCCCAGUAUUGCAGUCUUUAGUACUGUACUUGCCAAAUGUGGUCAAAGGAACAGCAACAGGGUUACGGGUGCCAGAGGCUCAUUGAUUGCACAUUGGACACUAAGGCUUGCCUCUUAUGGUCCAGACCCACAGAAGAGCUGUUGAGCACAUAUUGCUGAAAAAGUCAAUCCAAAGCACAUUGG